CGCGUCAGGGCGCGGCGGAGCCGUGGGGAAUGGCUCAUCGGCUCGCGUCGGGGACUCUGGUGCCGCCUCUCGCUGCCCUAUGGCGAGGGGGCUGCCGGACGCACACACCGGCUGGACUCAGGGCCCUGGCACCGAUCCGGCAGUGGCUCAAGGGGAUCCGCACCCUGCAGCAGGACUAUCCAGGGAGCAUAGCAUCCGCUUGGCAAUGGCUCUGCUCAAAACCACCCAAAGGCUUUGAGAAAUAUUUUAAGAAGAAUGGAAAAAGUCCCGGCCGAGCAGAGGAUGCUCACCAGACUAAAGGCCUCCCUGAUCCAAAAGAUCUCGGUCAUGGGGGAAAUGGCGGAGGAGGUGGCGGCAAGAGAGGAGGAAAGAAGGAGGAUGCUGGGUGGUGGAGGCGCGUGUGGAAGGGAGAGUUCCCCUGGGAUGACAAGAACUUCUGCUACCUGGUUGUCACGGGGGCAGGCGCUGCCGUGGGAUUCCUCUAUUUUUUUUGGCGAGAUCCUGGCAGAGAAAUCAACUGGAAGCAUUUUGUCCAUUACUACUUGGCUAGAGGAUUGGUGGACCGUCUGGAAGUGGUGAACAAACAGUUUGUGCGCGUGGUCCUCGUGCCGAGUGUGAGCUCAGAGAGGUAUGUCUGGUUUAACAUCGGCAGCGUCGACACGUUUGAACGGAACCUGGAGAGCGCCCAGCUGGAGCUGGGAAUGGAAGGCUCCCAGCAGGUGGCAGUGAUUUACACCAGGGAGAGUGACGGCACAUUCCUCGUGAGCAUGGUGCCCAUUCUGCUGCUGGUUGGCUUCCUUCUGUUCAUUCUGAGACGCGGGCCAAUGGGAGCCGGGCGCAGAGGACGAGGGGGCGGGCUCUUCAGCGUUGGCGAGACGACGGCCAAGAUCCUGAAAGACAACAUUGAUGUGCAGUUCCGAGACGUGGCCGGCUGCGAGGAAGCCAAGCUGGAGAUCAUGGAGUUCGUGAACUUCCUGAAGAACCCAAAACAAUACCAAGACCUGGGCGCCAAGAUCCCAAAGGGUGCUGUGCUCACGGGCCCGCCGGGCACCGGGAAAACCCUCCUGGCCAAAGCGACAGCGGGAGAAGCCAACGUUCCCUUCAUCACAGUGAACGGCUCGGAGUUCCUGGAGAUGUUUGUGGGCGUGGGGCCCGCCCGGGUUCGGGACAUGUUUGCCUUGGCCCGCAAACAUGCCCCCUGCAUCCUGUUCAUCGAUGAGAUCGACGCCGUCGGCCGGAAGCGGGGCCAGGGGAACUUCGGGGGGCAGAGCGAGCAGGAGAACACCCUGAACCAGCUGCUGGUCGAAAUGGACGGGUUCAACUCCAGCAUUAACGUGGUGGUGCUCGCAGGAACAAAUCGCCCAGACAUUCUGGACCCUGCGCUGCUGAGACCGGGGCGCUUUGACCGUCAGAUUUACGUCGGUCCGCCUGAUAUCAAAGGCAGAGCAUCCAUCUUUAAGGUCCACCUCCGGCCCCUGAAACUGGAGGAAAGCCUCAGCAGAGAUGCCCUGGCUAGGAAAUUGGCUGCAUGGACUCCGGGAUUCACUGGUGCUGACAUCUCCAACGUCUGCAAUGAGGCUGCCUUGAUUGCCGCUCGCCACUUGAAGCCCUCUGUCGCCGAGAAGCACUUUGAGCAGGCCAUCGAGAGAGUCAUCGGGGGUCUCGAGAAGAAGACCCAGGUUCUGCAGCCGAACGAGAGGACCACAGUGGCCUAUCACGAAGCUGGGCAUGCUGUGGUGGGAUGGUUCCUGGAGCACGCUGAUCCCCUGCUGAAGGUGUCGAUCAUCCCCAGGGGCAAGGGGCUGGGCUACGCGCAGUACCUGCCCAAGGAGCAGUACCUGUACACCAAGGAGCAGCUGUUCGAUCGCAUGUGCAUGAUGCUGGGCGGCAGGGUAGCUGAGCAGCUGUUCUUUGGGCGCAUCACCACAGGCGCUCAGGACGACUUGAAGAAGGUGACGCAGAGCGCCUACGCCCAGAUCGUCCAGUUUGGGAUGAGUGACAAGCUGGGCCAGGUCUCCUUCGACUUCCUGUGGCAGGGUGAGCCGCUCACAGAGAAACCAUACAGCGAGGCGACGGCCCAGCUGAUAGACGAGGAGGUCCGAAGCCUCAUCAACUCUGCAUACGAAAGAACCCGGGAGCUACUGACGCGGUGUCACGACCAGGUGGAGAAAGUAGGAAAGCGUCUCUUGGAGAAAGAAGUGCUGGAGAAAGCGGACAUGGUUGAAUUGCUGGGCCCCAGGCCCUUUGCAGAGAAAUCCACCUAUGAAGCGUUUGUAGAGGGCACUGGGAGCUUGGACGAAGACACCUCCCUCCCAGAGGGCUUGAAGGACUGGAACUGCGAGAGAGAUGAGGAGAGAGCGCAGGAGAGCACCUCCUAGCAGUGAGAGCCAGCUGGGGAGGACGGUGCUCGAGCCGCUGGGUGGGCGCCGGUCCCCAGGGGCCCUUUCUGUGUGCGUCUCCCGGUGGUAAUGCUGACACCGGACAGAGCCGUCCAGGAGGCCGGAGCAGGGGCAAGGCUAAGUCUGUAAAUAGGAACAGCAGGCAAGGCCCCUGCUCUGCCCUGGGAGGGCUGGUGCACUGGCUUUCCCUCUGAAAGCUGCAGGUCUCGCCCUCUCCUCUCCCCGGUGCCAGCCUCGGGCCUGGCUGGCUGACACAAGGGCUCCGGCCGCACCCGGUCACGACAAGUGCCCGUUCCUACUGGCGGGUACAGCAGCUGCUUUCCUGGUGCUCAUGGCCCAGUCUCCAUGGGCCUGUUCAGUCUGUGCAGGGUGGAUGGGGCGUGCUCCUGCCAGCAUCCACCUCUCCCCAGCAGCUGUCCCAAAGCCAGGAGGGUGCUGGAGGGACUCCCCAGCCACGGGGUAGAGGCUGGGAGCCCAAGCGAGCAGCAGGGUGAGCUCUCCUCUGACUAGUGACUCUGUCCAGGAAGCGGUUACCCUAGUGCUACCACAGCAUCCUCCCCGACUGUAACGCCCUACCCAGCACAGCCAGCCCGGCAGGAAGGGGGACAAGGAUCCCAGGCCAUGUCCCACAGCUCCCUGGGGCGUGAAAAGAGCCAAUGCCAAAGCUUUUCCCGUCCUCUCCGGCGGAGGGGAGGGUGCGCAGAGGGGGAAGAUCCUCCCCUGCGAGUUCCUGUCCUCAGGCCCUUCAGCGAAGUCCUGCUUUGCCCUCGGCUCCCUGUGCAUAGCAGUGUCUGAGCGAGGACAGCGGUCUAGGAGACGAGGCAGAACCAGUCUAAAGAGCCCUUCAGAGCAGCAGCCGUGUGCACCUGGUAGAAAGAGCUGGCCUGUGGGCAGUCCCUGCAGCACUACGCUGGGAAAUGCCCCCCCUUCGCCCGAGGCAACGGGCGCUGGGGAGCCGAGAGCGUGGUGGAAAUGGGCUAACAAAAUGGUGCUAAUGAAGUGACGCUGCAGUGGGCUCUGCCCCCUGGCCUGGCUGGUCCGCCCGGUCGGACGGACGUUAGCAGGAGUCACUCUGGCCCUGUAGGACUCAGUGAGUCAUGGGGCAGUGUGGGGUGCUGGUAGCCAGAAGCUCCCCCAGCUCUGACCCCUGUUCUGGGGGGUGCAAGUUCCUGGGGGCCUGGCAGUGGGUCUCUUGGCCUGGGGUGUCUUUAUGGCACCUCUAGCCGUGUAUCAAAGCAGUCGCUGUUGGCCCGGCUGUGUCCUGGGUUAGCUCCUCUCUCCGGGCAGGGCGUUCCUAGCUCAGGCCGAUGGGGGGGAGGGGAAAGGGAGCCUCGCUUCUAAAAGCUGAGACGUGGAUUCCUUCCUUGCAUCGAGCCUGUGCCCUGCCCUUGCCUUGUGCCCAGGGCGAGGGGUUCGCCUGCCUUGUGGGCACCCUCGUUCCAUGGCCUGGCUCCGGCACUGCUCUGCUUUGCGUUUGGGCCCCGUGCAGCAUCCCGGCAAAGGGCGUUUCUCUGUGCCCAGCCCUCUGCCCAUGGGCUCCCGAGUGAGCAGCAUUCAUGCUGCAGGGGCUGUGAGGGGAGGGGCAUCUGCAGCAAACCCAGCCCCCCCCCCCCCCCAGUGCAGUUCAGAAGGUGACGUUUCAGUGAUGGGAGGAAGCUUUGCAAAUAGCCUGUGUCCCCGGCAGGCUGAGCUUCCCUAGCUCCCGUGCCUGGCGCCGGGGUCGUGACCCGCUCCUGCCUCGCCAGCCCCUUGGCCAGCCCCUCGACUGACCGAUUGCAGCACCUCCGCUGCUGGAGAAGCCCGCCCCAGCCAGGCCACUGGAUGGCCAACGUGCUGCCUUCGAAGUGCCUUCCCCUGCAGCCAUCGGUGUUUGGGCUUUGGAGUCCCUUUACUCCCGUUUCACUAAGGCAAAUGCAGACAGCAUAACCCCCCCUCUGCCUGGUCUAGUCACUUCCCCUGGCCACAGGGGGGUCAAGCUCAGCUAGUCACCCCGGGGAGCAUGUUCCAGCCUUCUUGGGCUUAGGAAUUGCAGGCUGUAUUCUCCAGGGCCCAGUUCGUUCCUUGCCUCCAGCACCCACGGUCUGGGGGCAGAGCUGGGCACAUCUCUGUGGGGGGUGGAGGGGAGCACUGAGUCUCAGAGCCCUGGUCAGCGGACUGGGGCUGGUGCUAUGGGGCUAAAACUACCAGUCUAGAUGUGCCAGGCUCUGCAACCCACCGCCUGGCCUAGCAGAAAUGCCCUGCUGGGGCUGGGCGCCUGUUACGGCUCAGAUGCAGUACGAAGCACCUCUGCUGAAUUACCUCGGCAGUAGUGAGGCUGCCACGCCAGCUGCUGUGCAGCCAGGAACCUGUCCUGCCUUCUCUGGAGCGUUGGCCUGUUACAACAAGAACCCCGCGCAAGUGGAGGCAAUGACUUGAUCUGGACAGCUAUGAAGAGUGCUUUGCGUGCUCCCCCUGUGGCUGCAGCUUGCCCACGACUGGGACUUCACUAGCCAGCCCGGGCUGCGCUGCCUCGGAGUGUUUGUGACUCGUGACACCUGGAGAGCGCCAGGUGGCUUUCCUCCAAAUGCCGCAGACGCAGGGUUUGGCUCAGCUGGGCCCUCUCGGAAGCGUUCAGCGUUUGUUUCACCCCGACAGGGCUGUGCUCUCCUGGCUAAGCAGCUACUGUCAAAUCUGUUUCCACCCCUUGUCUGCUAGCUGGCCUCUGCGCUUCUCUGCCGCUUCCACAGCACAAGAAGCUGGUACCCUGCAGCUCUCCUCUGACUAGUGCCUGCGGAAAAGGCCCUGGCUUACUCAGCAGAGCCGCCCACUGUCUGUUCGACGUCGGAUCUGCUGCCUGGGGUGAGAAAAUCAUUUACUGCCUUUGACUCCCGCUGGACCAGGACCACAUUGUCCUUCCUCGGUGCUGGGCACGAAAUUCAGUCUGUUACGCCACUGGAAGCAGCAGGCCUGUGCCGAUGGCACAAAGGACAUAAUGUGAAGGCAGGGGGAAUUACAUGACUGGUGUUAAUGGACCCUGGAGACCCUUCAUUCCUGUGGCUGCUGAAGAGAAGAAUCUUGCUUGAUGUUCAGAUCCCAGGCUGAGUUUGGGGCACUGGCAAUUAGACAAAUCAGGCCCUCUGAUCGGGGCUCCCUGCCCAUAAACACGAGCCCCUCGGAUGGAAUCCCUCUGUGACAUCCCCACCCCACUGCGGCUGUCCUGCCUGCCUUUCCAGCAGUGCCACUCAGGUAGGGAGCAAGGAGGGAGGGAGACGCUGAUGCUAUUAGUAUUUAUAGUGUAUUUCCUCUCACAUGGUGGAGCUGGCGUAGCAGUGUGUGCUUGGGAGGGGGAAGGCAGUGCAAAGGAACUAGCCUUGUCUCCGGCGAUCCAGCCCCCCUUUACCACUGCGCUGGGCUCAACUUGAUAACGGUGGAGUUGUGAUUUCUAAUGCAGGGUGCUAAAUAAACCGUAUCCCACUGUG